AUGGAGCAACCAAUCUCAGCAAGCAUCACAGUCAAUGCUGAGAAGCGAGCCUUGAACAGCGUUGCGGUAGAUGUCGGUGUUUCAAAACCAACUAUCGUGGCUGAGAAAGUCAUGGGAAACUGCCCGUCAAAGACUACUACCAUUACUGGUGACAAUGGUGUUCGCGUCCUGACUGUCGACGACAACAAACAAGCUGGAUACUCUUUGGCACUCUCCUUCUGGGAGGACCAUUCCAGUCGGUACUUCAUUGACACUCCAGAUACGGCCCACUGGUCCGAGCAGCAGAAAUGGGAUCUGCACUUGCGAAUGAUGGAGUACAUCACGUAUGCCCAUCUGCUCAAGGGCCUCGUAGUCAGCGCAGGUCCAGACUACGACUGCGUAGCACUCUGGAUGCCCCCCACCCAAAACAUGGACGAUUACCUCACCCUCCUGCGCUCCGGCAUGUGGCGCCUCACCUACCAACUCUCCCCCCUCGGCCGCGGCCGCUUCUUCAACGAAUUCCUGCCCCUCCUCAACCACACCAAGGCCUCCAUAAUGGGCCCCCGCGACCAAGACUCCUGGUACCUCGUCUACAUCGGCACGAAGCCUUCCGGUCGCGGAAAAGGGUAUGCAAGGAAAGCGAUUGAGUAUGUGACGACGAUGGCGGACCGGGGUGGGAAGGCGUGUUAUUUGGAGAGUAGCAAUGGUGUGAAUAGGAUUAUUUAUGGGAAGAUGGGGUUUGAGUUGAAGAAGGAGAUUUGGUUGCAGAGGAAGAGGGAGAAUGUUGGGUUGGAUAUUAUGGUUAGGGAGCCGGUUGGUGGGGUGGGAGAGGAGAGGGAGGAUGAUGCGGAUAGUGGGGUUGAUGUGAAGUGA